AUGGAAAAGGUAUGCAGUGCAGACCUUCUGAUUUUCAGUAGUAAUGCUCAGUUUCCUGGAUCCUCACACGAUUCCUAUGUAUGGAGAAAUACAGCUUUGCGCUCUAAAGUCAUGAAUAUAGCUCAACAGGAACCAAAUUCUUGGUUGAUAGGUAAGUCACGUACAGCUGAAUACAAGAAAUGGUUUACAAUUUGGUAUAAAAAUCUUUUGCAUAAAAGGGAGCUAAUGUUAAAUGCUGACAGCCUCUUAUACAUGUCUUAUGUGUUGCAAUUAAAAAAAAAAUUUCCAGGUGGCAGCGGAUAUCCACUAGAGUCCUGGCUAAUGGUGCCGAUUCUGGACCCACUAGAAGCUAAUUAUAAUAAAAGCCAUAAAAAGACAAGGAAUCCUGUCGAGCGAUGUCUAGGAGUGCUCAAGGCAAGAUGCAUCCAUGAGGAGAGGUUGCUGCGAUAUAGACGACCGGUAGCGGCAGAUAUCAUUUAUGCCUGUAUAACGCUACAACACAUAUGUAGGUAUCACAAACUGCCAGACCCCUCAAUUCCUGAGAGGCCGAUCCUCAUAAGCCAUCUCCCACCACUUCCGCCUCCAUUUACUGAUGUCCAUGCUACAGGAUCCAGAGUGAGUCAGCAGUUGAUUCAAAGCUACUAUUUAUUUUUUAGUGAAUAAAAAUUUUCAAACUUAACCCUGAAGUGGCCCAUACGCUUUUUUAUGUAACACGUUGGUCGCCAUGUAUGGCUGUUGCUCUUAUUUUAAAAAUAAUAGGGUUUUCACUUGGAUUUUCGAAAAUGAUAUAAGGAAUAAGUUCUGAAAUUUAAGUAUAGGAUACAGAAUAUAACAGAAAACUCAACCAAAUGCAAAGCUGUGAGACGAACGUGUUAAGAAUACUUUAGAAGCAUCACGUUUUUUUCCCUGUUAAAGAACACUUUAUUUGCAAUUAACAAUUUCAAUAAUUACUUUUAAAAAGUUAUCGGAACCAAAAAUUGUGGUAUGCGGAAAAAUUACACUAUUUCAAACCCCUGGUUUAGAAAUUACUGAACCUUAAGUCCUAAAGCUUGUACAAGUUUUCAAUAAUAAUAGACAAUUUGUACUGAAAUGAUAAAAUAGCAAUAAAAAAAUAAAUUUUG